AUGGAAGAUGAACACCCCCCUACUCCUCCCCAAGAAGCCCCAGAAGGCUACGCUCGCCCGAAUGACCUCGGUUCGUUUGCAAGCACCAUAUACUCGCUGGCUCGUGGCGGUUCCGACCCCCCCGAGCUUCGGCUUGAGCGAAAAGACUUUUGUGACAGGGACGUAAUAAUCAGUAUUGAGAUCACCGAGGAUCAAAUGCGCGUGUUACACUUGAAAAAUGUACGCGAGGACACACUCAAGGAGGCAAAAACUACUGUCAGUGGCUUUCUGGACCAGAUAGAGCCGCUUGGUGAGGGCAAUGGUACUGGUGGUACCGUUUUCGAGAUGUUUGAUAGGGUUUAUGCGGAUAUGGAUGACCAAGUCGUGGCUGUCAUGGGCCAUGUUCACGAGCUUUCCUCCCUACUGGCCAAGAUCGAUACUUCCGUCAACAUGUACCCAAAGAAAUUGGCAUUUAAUAGCCCUGACAACAUUCACCAGGGUCAAUCUUAUGAUCCGGUCGCUAAGCUUCGGAGUGUCAGUGAUGCCUUCUACAAGCAAGUCGAGGCGAUCAAAUCAAAGUCACAGGAAUACUGUGAUGACACCCAUCCUACGAGAAAUGGGUUUGGAGUGACCAGGGCAAACUGCGACGUUCACCAAAAUCUCAUUGCUUCUAUGAUGGAGCACAGCCGGAAACGGGACCUCUGGUUCCAUUGGGAUGAGUCUAGCUACGAAGGAGGCAGUAUAGAGCGACGUACGGGCUCUCACUUAACCUACAUUGCUUCGUUGAAAGAGAAUAUGAGAGAUAGGCAACACAUAUUGUGGGAGUGGCCUGAGCGACUGUGGUAUCUUGAUGAACCACGGUAUUGCACCAUGUUCAACUUGGACUCGCCGCCACCACUCUUCAUGGAGAAUGAUGUGCGGCCGUUCGCGAGCUACACCUACGUGCUCGCUGAAGGCGGUCCUGGGCCAGAGAAGCUCCGUCCCGAUGUACGUGACACCGACAUGCUGCUCUUGAUAGAAGCCAAGAGUCAGGUCUUCCAUUUGUUGCAUUUGCACCAUGUGCGCGAAGAGACGAGUGCGGCGGCAAAGGCUGCCAUCGAGAACUUUCUUGACCACUUCAAAUCAAUCGACGAUAACAAAAGAGGAAGAGUGGACUAUGGCACGUCACGCAGAACCUUCCACAUGUUCAGCGUGGAUACUGAUAGUGUUCACCUAGAAAUUCUAGAGUUUACUAAAGAAGAAGUUAAGAAGCGUGCCUUGCGCUGUAAAUGGGAGACUGACAGUUGGUGGCGCGAAAACGGAGGAGAGCGGACGACCCAUCACCAGCCAGACUAUUUGGUACGUGUUGACGCUCCUUCACCGCCAGAUAUCGGCAGUCAUAUCGUCUUACCAGGGUCAGAACGUCUUCUGACUGGUUUCGAGGAAUGA